AUGGUUUCGAUAUCAUCCAAACUAGCCCUUCUCUUUGCCGGCCUGGCCCUUGCCGACUCUUCCUCCUCUUCCUCCUCCUCUUUCUCUGCUCAGAGCCGCACCGGCGCCCACCUCUCCCAUGCCCCGCGCAACCCACUACCGGAGCGGGCUUCGGGCGAGCGAGCUCCCUUGUUCGGACGGCCGACCACGACCGACGGCUCCGCAACCGAGGGCAAGGCGCUGAGAUAUGCGCUUCAGCAGACCCGGCUGAACAUCACCGAAGCUACGGCAGCAGCGCAGCGGAGAUGGGAGCACCGGAUGAGGAGAAGGAUAGGGGAGGAGGAGGGUGGAGGAGCAGGGCUGGAACGACGAGAGAAGUGGAAUUGGAAACAUUUGGAAGAUUAUAGAGGAUAUCUCUACUUUAUGGAAGUCGAGGUGGGAGAUCCACCACAACUCGUCAAGCUCAGCCCGGAUACGGGAUCGUUCGAGACGUGGAUGAACCCCAACUGCGAGAACUCGGCCAGCCCGUACCUCUGCGUGGUCAACGGCAUGUAUCACCCGGAGAACUCGGAACUUGCCGUCACGCAGAAUGAGCCGUUUGACUUUUCCUACGGCAACGGCUGGGUGAAUGGCAAGUAUUACGAGGAUCGAAUCUACUUUCGGAACGAAGACGUCGGCAUAAGACAAAAGUUCGGCAUGGCGACCGACUCCAGCUACGCGGUCUCCGGCAUCCUGGGUCUGGGCUACGGCAUGGGCUACACCAUCGGGUACAGCAACGUCCUCGACUCGCUCGUCAAGUUCGACCUCAUCAACGCGCCCGCGUACAGCGUCUCCCUCGGCGGACAGGGCGAAGGCACGAGCGAGAUUGUGUUCGGCGGGGUCAACCAGGCCAAGUACAGCGGGCUUCUCAAGGCCGUGCCGAUCUGGCCCUCGGUGGCUCAGCAGCUGCCCAACUACGUGCACUACCGCGUCAACGUCACCUCCUUUGGGUUCACGAAGCCGACGGGCGCCAAGACCGCCUUCUUCAGUCGGACAGCGGCGCCGCUCAACGUGCUGGUGGACACGGGGGUGACCUACAGCCUCUUGCCGGGGGCCAUGGUGGCGUCCAUCGCCGAGGUCUUUGGCGCGUGGUGGGACGUGGGCGAGUACAAGGUCGACUGCGCGCUGCGGGACCAGGCGGGCACGUUUGACUUUGGGUUCAACAACGACGGGCUCAUCAUCCGGGUGCGCUACUUUGACUUUAUCCUCAAGUUGCAGGAUAAUACGUGCACCUUGGGUGUGCAGCAGGGGGCGGACAACGAUGCCAUCCUGGGAAACACGUUCUUGAGGGGGCGUAUGUUGUCUAUGACCAAUUGA